CCCCUCGACACUCUCGGCAUCUCCCAGGAAGAGAGGCCGGAGUGAAAAGCGGCCUGUCAGCCGGGAAGGAGAGUCUAUCCGCCGGUCCAGCCCUCUCUACGCGCCUCUGAAGCCCGGACACCAUGCUCAUCAAGGAGUUCCGGAUCGUUCUGCCCGUCUCAGUGGAAGAGUACCAAGUGGGGCAGCUGUACGCCGUAGCAGAAGCCAGUAAGAAUGAGACAGGUGGAGGAGAAGGUGUGGAGGUGCUGGUCAACGAGCCGUAUGAGGAGAGUGGCGAGAAGGGACAGUACACCCACAAGGUCUACCAUCUGCAGAGCAAAGUGCCACCUCUUAUCCGGGCUCUGGCUCCAAAAGGCUCACUGGAGAUUCACGAGAAGGCCUGGAACGCUUACCCUUACUGUCGAACGAUCCUUACAAACACCUACAUGAAGGAGAAGUUCAUGAUUAAGAUCGAGACGUGGCACAAGCCUGACAUGGGGAACCAGGAGAACGUACACGGCCUGGACGACAAGACAUGGGGCAACGUUGAGGUCGUUAACAUUGACAUCGCUGACAAAGACUCCAUCAGUCCAAAGGACUACAAGGCAGAUCAGGAUCCAUCCAUCUUUAAGUCAGAGAAAACAGGCAGAGGGCCUCUGGGUCCUGACUGGAAGAAUGAACUUGCGAACAACCCCCACUGUCCACACAUGUGUGCCUACAAGCUGGUCACUGUGGAGUUCAAGUGGCUGGGACUUCAAAGUAAAAUAGAAUCGUACAUCCAAAAGGUGGAGAAGCGGCUGUUCACCCACUUCCACAGACAGUUGUUCUGCAGCAUCGACAAGUGGAUUGAGCUGACCAUGGAUGACAUCCGUAGAAUGGAGGAGGAGACCAAGAAGGAGCUGGAUGAGAUGAGGAAAAAUGAUGAAGUUAAAGGGAUGGCAGCAGAUGAUUGACAGGAAGUCACACGAUCUUGCAUAUUGGAGGACUCGCCUUUAUCUACUCAGCUCAGACUCCAGACGGACCUGACCGGAACGACAGCUGCUUCUUAACACCUUUACAUCCUAAUAAAUGUUCUGCUCUUAAUAAGAGCUCAGUCUUGUGAAGCAAUCGUACAUAUUUAUGUACAACUGUUGAAUAGGUUUACAAACGGACACGUCUGCACUGGGGAGGGAAUUCUCUAAAAGGUGGGGGUUGUUUCUUUAUCACUGGUAUCUUUUUUUUAAUAACUUAUUGGUUUACCUUUUACUGUGGUAUUGGCUGUAAUUGUGUUGGUGGAUGGAAAGCAGAGGGUGUUACAACAGCCAGUCAGAAUUUCUCACCUGUUUUUCUCCAUAAAGAACAGAAACGAUGUGUUUGGCAAAGUUGGACAUUUCCAUAUUCAAAGUGCCUGUAUUACUGUUUCCUUCCAGUAUUUCUAAACUCCUGCAGCACUUAAGGUGUCAUAAAUUAAAUUAAUAGUAGAUCAUAGCCUGAAAAUACAUUAUUUUGCUCUGCGUGUUCUGAAGUAAAAAUCGACACCAACUGAUAUCUGAUCAUGAUAAUCCUCAUCAGAGGAGUGCCUCUUGUCAAAUACGUGAUCAUUUUUGUGUUCGCCAUCAUGUUUACCAAGAAUCUGAACUAAGCUAAUUUAUAAUUACCUGGGAAAUUAAACAGUUCUGUCUUGUCGACUGUUUUUGUUCUGUAACUCUUAAUGAACCUGAAUGAUUGUAGUUCUAUGAUGGUGUAUUACAUUAAAACAAUUCUAUUUUUCUUUGA